UUACAGCGCUGCUGUUAUGGCCACUCAGGUGCUGGGUCAGACUGGAGGCAACGGGCUUUUUACUGGGAAUGCCAACAUCGUCAUGGCAUUGCCUAACGACAUGUACGACUUACACGACCUCUCCAAAGCUGAGCUGGCUGCACCUCAGCUGAUUAUGUUGGCAAACGUGGCCUUGACUGGGGAAGUGAAUGGUGGUUGCUGUGACUACAUGGUUGGAGAAGAAAGACAAAUGGCAGAGUUGACCACAGUGGGUGACAACAACUUCUCAGACAGUGAUGGGGAGGGACUUGAAGUGCCUCCCGGAAUAGAAAAUGAGUCAAAUAGACCUGAAAACGUGGAAUUGGGAUCUUUGGAAAUCAUCGUCGUUGAUCCUCAGACUGUGUAUGAAUCAUCUGUCCCAGAGACUUUCAGUUCUGAAAAAGACCCUCCCUCAGAGACACUGUAUCAGCCAGAGACCCCAGAGGACAAAUGCAAGAGCUUGAAGAGCAAGCCCUUUCGAUGUAAACCUUGUCAGUAUGAAGCGGAGUCUGAAGAAGAGUUUGUGCAUCACAUCAGAGUCCACAGUGCCAAUAAGUUUUUUGCAGAAGAAAAUGCAGAGAAACAAGCACAACAAGCCCAGACCAAGGAAUCGGAUUCUUCUGUUGCUGAAGAAGCUGACUUUUCCAAGGGGCCUAUUCGUUGUGACCGCUGUGGCUAUAAUACUAACAGAUAUGAUCACUAUUUGGCUCACUUGAAGCACCACAACAAAGCAGGAGAGAAUGAGCGGGUCUACAAGUGCAUGCUAUGCACAUACACCACUGUAAGCGAAUAUCACUGGAAGAAACACUUGCGAAAUCAUUUUCCUAAGAAAGUCUAUACCUGCUCACAGUGCUCCUAUUUUUCAGACAGGAAAAACAAUUAUAUUCAACAUAUCCGAACACAUACCGGUGAACGCCCGUAUCAGUGUGCUAUGUGUCCCUAUUCCAGUUCGCAGAAGACACAUUUAACUAGACAUAUGCGUACUCAUUCAGGUGAGAAACCAUUUAAAUGUGAUCAGUGCAGUUAUGUGGCCUCUAAUCAGCAUGAAGUAACCCGACAUGCAAGGCAGGUUCACAAUGGGCCCAAACCUCUCACCUGCCCACACUGUGACUACAAAACAGCUGAUCGUAGUAAUUUCAAAAAGCAUGUAGAACUCCAUGUGAACCCACGGCAGUUUCUUUGCCCUGUAUGUGAUUAUGCUGCUUCUAAGAAGUGUAAUCUACAGUAUCAUAUCAAGUCUAGGCAUUCCGACUGUUGUGAUAUUGCAAUGGAUGUUUCCAAAGUGAAGCUUAAAAAAUCCAAAAAGAGUGAGGCAGACAACUGUAGUUGUGGUAGUGUGGCCAGUGAAAAAGGUGAAAAAGAACAAACAAAAACAAAGGGAGAUAUGAUGGAAAAGAUAAAUGAAAAGAAUAUAAAAGUGGAGAAAAAAGAAAAUGCUUCAAAAGAGAAAAAGCCAUGCAGUGUGGCUUCCUUAGGCCAAGUGACAACCCGAAAUCGCAAGUUGGCAACUGAGUCAAAGGAGAUAGAUGUCAAAUUGGAGAAAGGUUCAGAAAAAUCAUGUAAAAACAAGAAAGUUAAGAGAAAGUUGGAGAGUGAAGCAGCUUCUUUAAAUAGUAACCCAGUGAAUGAUCUAGAACCUGUGGCAAAAAAGAAAAAGAAAGUAGAGAGCAGACCCAGAAAGAGCCAAGAAGCUAUAAAAGAUGAAGUCACAGUGGAAGAGCAUAAAAGACAGAAAGCUGGCCUGAAGAAAAAUAAAAAAAAGAAAGCUUUGAAAGGUAAACAUAGUAAAAAACCCACCAAGUCCAUUCAGGCAAAGCCAACUGAAAAUGAGCUGGUCCAUGAAAAAUCUCUUCCUCCUUCUCCUUCUCUUCUUCCUCCUCCCCCUCCUCCUCCUCUUCUUCCUUCACUUCCUUCUUCUCCUCAAGAGGAUCCAAAGAAAAAGUCUGAUAGCUCCAGGGAAGAACUACAGAGAGAGGAAGUCCUUGUAGAAGAUGCCUUAGUUCCUGUUACUAGUUUGAUAACUGAAGAAAGGUCAACCUCUCAGGACCACCUGCUCACAUCAGUGCCUGCCCCAGAGCCAUCGUUGGCACCAGCUCCAGGCCCAGGGCCCGCACCAGCUCCUGAACCUGUACUUGAACCUGUACCAUUACCUGUACCUACAUCACCAGCAGAAAAUGUAGAGAAAGAAGAGAUGAAAGACCAAGAAAUGCUGCUUGAACAGAGGGAAGAAGACAAAGAAAUGACCCUUCAGAGAGCUGUAGAUGAAGAACCAAGGAAGUUGGGUGGUACCCAGGAGUCACUCAAGCCAUCCUCUUGUGAGCCAGAGGAAGGUCUUCCUGAGAAAGAGCAUCAGAUGGAUGAAGUGUGUGAGAUGGAAACUGAACCGAGUCCAACACCAGCAGAGCAUCUGGCUGACAAAGACUUGUCGACCCAAGAGCCACAUUCUUCAGUGCCAGAGCCCCCUCUGCCACAGCCCCCAAUGUUGCCAGAACCCGAGUUUCUGGCUCCUCCCCCUGCAGCAGCAGCAGCAGCAGCAGAAAAAGAAGAGGAGCAAGAGCAAGAGCAAUGUGAGCCGGCUCCCCAGAUGGUACCAGCACCCGCAUCAUUGGCUCCUGCUGCUGCAAGUGAAUCCCAGGAAAUUGAUGAAGAUGAGGGCAUCCACAGUCAUGAUGGAAGCGACCUGAGUGACAACAUGUCAGAGGGCAGUGAUGACUCUGGCUUGAAUGGCGCUCGAUCUGUGCAGGAAGAAGCAAGUCGAAAAGCUUCCCAAGAAGAAGUAGCAGUGGCAGUCAAAGGAGCAAACUUUGUUUGCAUUUUCUGUGAUAGAUCUUUUAGAAAGGAAGGAGAGUAUAGCAAACAUCUUAAUCGACAUUUAGUAAAUGUGUACUACCUUGAGGAAGCAACUAAGGAGUUAGAAUAACUAAACUCUAUUUGAAUAAGCCUACAAUUCUUUCAUAAGACCUAUUUUGUUUUGUGGAUAAUUGUUAUAUUAGACAGCUCCUUUUUUUUCAGUUUGGAGUAGUAUCUGAUGAUUUGGGGUAGAUACUUUUUUCCUUGACACCCUUGUAUGAUAGUUUGUUAAAACCUGCUAAAACUAGU